CAAAACCGAUUCUCUUCUACUCUUCACUCAUUUUCCCAUCUCUCCUCUUCUCCUAUAAAUACCCCUUCAAAAUCACAUCUCUCCCUCUCUGCAAUUCCUCUUCUCCUCUUCAAACCCCCUUCGAAAAAACCCUAGAAAUUUCCCGCGAAAAAAAUCCCUGAGAAACCCUAACUCUAGCUCUCUCUAACCCCUCGUUCUGGGAUCCAUGGCCGUCUUUUACCCAUCUCAGGCUCUCGAUCUCGUUUCCCUAACCGUAACCCUAGCUCUGCUGCUGCUGCUGUCAUCGUCGGCUUCGGCGAACUCCGAGGGGGACGCUCUCUACACGCUGCGGCGGAGCCUGUCGGAUCCUGACAAUGUGCUCCAGAGCUGGGACCCGACGCUUGUCAAUCCGUGCACCUGGUUCCAUAUCACCUGCAAUCAGGACAAUCGGGUCACCAGGCUGGACCUUGGAAAUUCGAACUUGUCAGGCCAUCUGGUACCUGAACUUGGAAAACUUGAACAUCUACAGUAUUUGGAACUUUACAAGAACAAUAUUCAAGGGACGAUACCAGCUGAGCUUGGUAAUUUGAAGAGCCUGAUCAGCUUGGACUUGUAUAACAACAACAUUUCAGGGACCAUUCCCCCAACAUUGGGGAAAUUGAAGUCACUAGUGUUCUUGCGGCUUAAUGACAAUCAGUUAACUGGGCGAAUUCCUAGGGAACUUGUCGGCGUUUCAAGCCUCAAAGUUGUAGAUGUCUCAAACAAUGAUUUGUGUGGAACAAUUCCUACCACUGGGCCUUUUGAGCACAUUCCCUUGAACAACUUCGAGAACAACCCCCGCUUGGAAGGCCCGGAGCUACAGGGGCUUGUAGCCUAUGAUACAAGUUGCUAGAGCGGAAAGACGAUAAUCAGUCGCUGCUACUCAUCACUGUUGUGGCUUUACUAUAGUUUUGAAAAAGGGUGGGGAGGGGAGAUUAUUUACCUAUAUUGGGGGUAUAUGGUGUUAAAUGUGGUGGGUGUGUCGUGAUGCAAUUGUAAUCUACAGAUUUCUAACUUUUCCUUUGUAUCUGUAACUUUUGGUAGCAUUGCUGCUCUAUGGUGUAUAUGUUAAAAGCGGGGUUUUGGGUU